AUGAUUUCUUCCCGAGCCUUGAUUGGAAAAUAUUUCUCAGAGGAGCAGAAAAUUUCUUUGGCAUCUUCUCUCGCUGAAAAUUUGCUAGAAUGUCCCCAAGAUCUGCCAGUUUUGGCUGAGCUUAUCUCACACUUGAGCUCAAAUGUCUUAAACACAAUUUACCCAAAAAUUCUUGCGUUCGUAUUAUCAGCUAUCAAUAGUAAUGACAAGGUGCUAUUCGAAUAUGCUUAUGAGCUUUUGAAACUGUCUCCAACUUUAUUCGAAGAUGCCUGGGAUGCCAUACUUUCGAUGCUCAGAAGCAACAUGGGAAAUUCUAAUAAUUUUGUACCUAACUUCCAGGUAAAUAUUGAAAGAUUUCAAAACGGACACUCACUUGCAGAGAAUGGGCUGUAUGCCUCAGAAGAGAUAGAGCGGAAGAAUAACCUCGUCGGUUUAUUUGGGUUUCUUUCCAAAAUUUACACAAGCAACACCUUUGCUCACUUUUCAGAUUUAGUUUCUGGAGACCAGAUAAUAUGUCUUUGUCUAGGUCACAGAGACGAGACCAUUGCGACUGCCAGCUCACAUCUUUUACGCUGGAGAGUAGACUCGAUUGUUAGACAGUGUGCCGAGAGCAAGUCUACUACUGAGUUCUAUUUCACUUUAGUUUUUGACUUGACAUCUUCUGCUUAUUUCCAGGAAAACUUGAUUAGUCAGGAAUUCUACUGGAAAAUAUUGCAAUUGAAUUUAGUGGGAAACUCGCAUGAGAUCCGUAAACUUUGCUUGUCAAUUCUUCAACUUUCGUUAAAAGAGAUAAAUACAUCGUUCUCAACAUCUUUGAUGUCCUGGGAUGCUAACGAAGAAAAGGAACAGCUUCGCGAAUGGAGCCGGUAUACCACUCUAUUUGAGGUUUUGGGAAUUGAUACUUCCUUACACCAAACCCAGGCUGCAGUAAACGACAUAGUCGGUAUAAUAUCUGCUGAUUCUGCCAUUCAUGCAUCCUGGGGAUUUUGCCUAUUGUCAACUGGAUUUAGAGCUUCAAUGGAUUCUGUCCGAAAGUAUUCGGCAGAGAUACUUUUUUCCAUCAAGCCUGAAAAUUUACAUUUGCUCAAGUAUGGCUUGUCGUUUUUAGAGGAUCACUUUCUUCCGUAUUUGAUGUUAUCGCGUCAUUUUAAUGUCAGAUCAAAAGGCCCAUCGACUACAGACAUACAUUGUGAGUAUGCCGAUAAAUUCUCUAGUUUUCUCUGUGCUGUGAUGAAAAGUCUUUCUACUCCUGAGGAAUUGAGUAGCGUGCUGUCCACAAUUAUGACUGUGUUGGCAAAUUCAAGAGACACAUUUGAUGCUGUUAAAAUUUACACUUGUCAUGGAUUGGUUAAAGGAUUGCAAGAAAAGAAAGUAUUGCAGUACGGAAAGCACGAUAUUCUCUUGCUCAAGCUAUUUGACAAUUUUUCAGAGGGCGAACUCUUCAAAAGGGCAAUACAAACUUUGAACCUUCGCCUCCUUCUCAAUUUUGAAUUCAAAGAUCUAUUUCAAUUGGGUACCGUUUUGUCGAAGUUUGUAAGAUUGAAUCGGUAUGAGCUCUUCAUGGAGAAUAUUCUGCUAUUCUCAAAAUAUCUUUCCGAGUGCGGUGGUGAUAUACCAGAUGAACAGGCCGUGAUUUUCCUUAGUCUUGCUGCAAUUUCUGAGCACAUGAAUGAAGAAAUCUGGAAUGUCCAAAUCAGCAAGUGCACAUCUUCUGUACUUGGUAUGCUUUUAGAGACUGGAGAUUGUUGCAUUGACUACGGAACUUUAUGUCUUGCCUAUGCAAAGCUCAAAUUUUUCAACAAAACCAUUGAGCUUUUGGAUUUCGAUGCCAAUGUUGUGUCUUCGCUGUCCAUUCUCAGUUUGCACAAAAAAUUAUUCAUGAACACAAAUGUGUGCUUACAAAAAGUCAGUGGUUUUUACAAGCUCAAGGGAAAUAUAUACGGGGAGUUUCAUCGUUUGUUGUCAUUGUACGUGGAACGAAUCGGAUUAAAGCCUGACGAGCUUGCUGAAAUUCUUUCAGUUGUCACUUUUGAGACGUCGCAUUUCACAACAAUACUCGCCAUAGCCAAGAUCUUGAAAGUCUCCUUCACGCAAGGUUAUGCUGAUGAAGACACCAAGUCAGCUUCAUUACUCGGCCUACUAUCCUCCGUAAAAGAGUUGGAUGCUGAUAGAUUUAAAUUGUCAGAAAAGGAAUUGCACAUCUUGCUAAUUCAAGUUUUCUUCCAUGAAAAUGUCUUGAAAAGUGCCGUGAACAACCAAAUUUUAAACGAUUGUGUUUCAGAUUUCGCUGAUGUCAUAAUCUCUAAUUCCUAUGGUAGACGCGGAUUAAUGCCCGCCAUUACAAAGGCCUUAUCCAAUUUUCAGAUUUUUCAUUCAGAUGACUUUGAGAGGCUUCAGUUUGUUCCAGAACUUAUUGUCAAAGCGAUGGCUCACCGAGAGCUUGAAGUGAGUGCUUUCAAAAUCGAGCAAGUCAUCGGGUCUCUCUUCGAUAAAGAAAUUGCCCUUUCACUGGAUAGCCAUAUUUAUGCCUCUGUUUAUGGAGUCUAUGAGGUUGCAUACAAAGUGUGGCUUCUUGCAAUCCUCAAUACCGUACGCACAUCAAAAUGUGCUGAAGCUAUCCUCGACGUUGUGUUUAAUAAAGAUGACCCUUAUCAUUUUUUCAAAGUUUUGAAGCCAACAGAUGGAGCUGAAGAGUACGUGAGAAUGCAAUUGGCCAAAGUUGUCAUAUCAGUGGUUGAUAAGGUAGAUCUGGAAGAGCCUUUGCGUCAAUAUUUCAGUCUUUUCAUCUGGUUCGUGGAGAAUGAUCCUAGUCCCUUAGUGCGAGUAUACUUUGAAUGGGCUUUGGCACAGCAAUUGCAGAGAAGACCAGAACUUUCGGAGGCUAUAUUCGAAAAAUUGGCACAUGCUCUCACUACCCAUGAACUCAAACCCAUUUUGGUAACCCUCUACGAGCGAGUUUUGUUUCUCAUGAUUCAAUCAAUGAAUCGUGAGCUUGAGACGAAAUACUUGACAAGGCUCAUUGAAAUUAUCAUUCCAGCUGCCUCAACCAAUAAGGCCAUCACCCGUCAUUUCUCCAUGUCAAUGGCAAUAUCCAUUUAUGAAGAGAUUCACAAGAAAGACCUUAAAGUUGAUUCUCACCUUUCUGUGGUCAUUGAUAACAUGCACAAAAGUGCUUUAGCGACGGACGCUUUUGGUCAGUUCAGGAGCGGAGACGCUUGCUUGUGGAAUAUAGUGGAUGACUUGAAUCUUGUCCAUAUCUCAGGUGGCCUAUUAUUGAGAUUGUAUGACCGUGAAGUGGAUUUUAUCGUCCAGAAGGAUUUCUGUAAUUAUUUGUCGCAGAGCCAGCUCGAUGCGCUCACGCAUCCUGUCGGAAACGACAAGAGUGAUUUGUGGGUCACGAAGUUGAAAGAAAACAAAAAUGCUAAACUGAGUUUACAAGAGGCAAGCAAAGGAAUUGCCUCUUCACUUCAAACUAAGAGCGGUGCUUGGAGCACGGUUAUGGACGUGGAUGCCAAAACCCAAAUCUCCGACAUCAAGCGCAGUGACUUGAUUGUUGUUGCGUCGUUGGUAGAUAAGCCCCCGAACUUGGGUGGUAUUUGCCGUCUUUGUGACGUGUUGGGUGCAGGGUUGUUGACGCUUCAUGACCUUGCGGUGAAACAAAAUCAACAAUUUAAAAGCGUUGCGGUUACGGCAGAUCACUGGAUGCCUAUGACAGAAGUGAAACCAGAUGGUAUCGUGAAGUAUUUGCGUGAGAAAAAAGCUGAAGGUUACAAGUUGAUUGGGUUGGAGCAGACAGAUCAGUCGGUGGUGUUGGAUAACGACUUAAAAUUUCCCGCCAAGUCAUUGAUUCUCUUGGGAAGAGAGAAGGAAGGAAUUCCUGGAGAGCUUUUGGCUGAGCUUGACAUGUGUGUUGAAAUCAAGCAAGUUGGUGUGGUGAGAUCAAUGAAUAUUCAAACGGCUACAGCCGUAAUUGUCCACGCUUACUCAACUCAGAAUUGCUAA